AUGUCAGCAAAUGAUAUCAUAACAGAAUCUCGCCCGUGUGGGAAGCUUGAGCUUUGGUGUGUCUAUCGAGCUGACCUCAAAUGCUACCUCAAUGUUAAUGUCUCUUGCCUUUACUCGACACAGGACGGCUCAAAACAAGAUGCCAAAUCCUUAGAAGAGUCUGUUCGCCUUGCUUUGUUGAAACGUGUCAUACCGGAGAAUGCGUUGCUAGGCUGCAGUAUCGAAGAGACAAAUUCCGAAAAGUGCUACUUCAAAAGCCAGGCAUGGUCUCUCGCUGAGCUACCUAUCGAAAUCUUGGAUGGAAGCAGUAAUGUAGAGCAGGUUAUCUGCGCUACACACAACACUGCAUUGCCUGUGAGUCUGCCAUGGAAGGUACAGAUUCUCCCGGCAUCAGAAUCGAGUGUGGACAAUAACAAGUUUUGGCUGUCCUUCACCUUCCAUCACGCAAUUGCGGAUGGCUCCUCUGGCUUGAUCUUUCACAAGAAGCUGCUCGCAGCACUCAAUGAAGGUAUUGAUGAUGCAACAGUUCCGUCAGCCAGAGAUUCGCUUCCACAACCCAUUGAGGUCCGUCUCGACGUUCGGCCUGGCCCAGUCAUGUUGCUAGGAGAGCUUUGGCAGAUUGUCCCAUUACCAUCCUUUGUCAAGCGCUGGUUCUCCCCUUCUUGCUACCUGGGUCAGAGUACAACAUUGCAACAACGGGUGAGAACCCAGUGUCGUCUGCGCUCGCUUGUUUUACCAGCCGAUUCAGUCGCAAAGCUACGAGGCACGUCCAAGAAAGCUGCUGUCAGCAUACAUGCUCUCAUCCAUGCUGCACUAUUGCACGCAUUCUCUGACCUGAUUGGACAGACGCCAAAGGCAUCGCAGAACAUCAAGGCUUACACACCCAUCAAUCUUCGCCCUUUGCUGAAGGGCCAGCAAGACAUAAUUGCCAACUAUGUUUCAACGCAUGCAAGCUCUCUUCAACCCAGGAGCACUUUGGUAGAGACCGCAAAAGCUUUUUACAAGGAGAUCAAUCAGCCAGGUUCGCGAAGCAAAGCACUGCAGCUGUUGGGCUUGUUCAACUACAUCGACAAUCACGCUCCCCGGCAAGUCAAAGUCAACGAAAAGAAGGACUCCGUGACAAGUGAUGGGUCGAUCAGUCGCGUCGCCUCUCGUCUUGUUGCAGGCAUGCAAAAUUUUGUUAUGGAACGCCUUGAGCGUGCUACAGAGACCUCGCUGUCGGGCACGUUUGAGAUUUCGAAUCUUGGCAAUUGGCAGCCAAAAAAUACUAGCAAGGAGGCAAGCCGUCUUGGUAUAGACGAUGUCAUUUUCUCGGGAUCCAAUGGGCCGAUCGGAGAACUUAUAAAUCUCUGCGUUGUCACCUUGGCUGGCGGUCCGAUGCGAAUCAUCUUCAGCUAUCGAACAAACUUCAUCAGUGAAGAGAUGGUUGACAGUCUUGUGCAGCUCUUUGAAACUCACCUUGCCAAGCUUUGCGCUUGA